AAAUAAAAUGAUGUCUAUGGCGGUUCGAGGUCUUAGCCGAGCUACACUACCAACCAAUAUGGGCCUAAGGGCAAAACACUCGCUUCCCGAUCUUCCAUAUGACUACAAUGCACUUGAGCCUGUUAUUUCUGCUGAAAUCAUGCAGCUCCAUCAUUCAAAACAUCACGCAACUUAUGUGAACGGAUUGAACACUGCUGAAGAAAAACUUCACGAAGCUCUUGCAAAAGGCAAUGUCAAAGAAGUGAUAUCGCUGCAACCUGCGCUAAAAUUCAACGGUGGUGGACAUAUUAACCAUUCGAUAUUCUGGACCAAUUUGUCCAAAGAUGGAGGUGAACCAAGCUCAGAAUUGAUGUCUGCCAUUAAGAGAGAUUUCGGAUCUUUGGAGAAAAUGCAAGAAUCGAUGUCGUCAUCCACAGUAGCCGUGCAAGGUUCCGGUUGGGGUUGGCUAGGAUAUUGCCCAAAAAGGAAAAUACUCAAGAUAACAACGUGUCUAAAUCAAGAUCCUCUUGAAGCCACUACGGGAUUGAUUCCAUUGUUUGGUAUUGAUGUCUGGGAACAUGCUUAUUAUCUCCAGUACAAAAAUGUCCGACCCGAUUAUGUAAAAGCUAUUUGGAAAAUUGCCAACUGGAAGAAUGUUAGCGAGAGAUUCGCUCAGGCACAACAGCAUUGAACAGCGAUAUGUGAUAUAAGUGUAAUUUUAAAACUCGAUGUAGGUGUUGUGUAUAAAGAGGUUUUUGAGAUUUGAAUUUGGAAAACGACAAUGCAGAGAAGAAAACGCUACGAACAAAAGCUCAAG